AUGGCGCCAUUCCCUUUGCUAAUGACACCAAUGGAGUGCAAUUACAGGGCAUGCACCAUCCCUUACAGAUUCCCAUCGGACAAUCCCAAGAAACCAACACUCUGUUGCGAGAUGGUGCCAUUCCCUUUGCUAAUGACACCAAUCGAGUCCAAUUACAGGGCAUGCACCAUCCCUUACAGAUUCCCAUCGGACAAUCCCAAGAAACCAACACCCACCGAGCUCUCUUGGAUUGAUCUCUUCCUCAAUUCCAUCCCCUCUUUCCGAAAACGGGCCGAGAGUGAUGAUACCGUUUCUGAUGCUCCCAUCAGAGCUGACAAGUUUGCUCAAAGGUGCUGUGACGAUAGACAAAGAAUCGUCGGUGGUGGUGAGUGUCGGUGUUGCUGUGACGGGGAGUCUGUUGGUUCUCUGUUUGUCUUCCUCUCUCUCUGUCGUCGUGACUGGUAUGCUGAACUACUGGAGGAUUUUAAGAAAGAUCCUAAAAGUCAUGGUGGGCCACCUGAUUGCAUUCUUCUUUGCCAGCUUCGUGAGCAAGUCCUGAGGGAAGUGGGAUUCAAAGAUAUAUUCAGGAAGGUUAAGGAUGAAGAAAAUUCCAAGGCAAUAUCCUUAUUUGAGGAUGUUGUUCAUCUUAAUGAUGCUAUAGAGGAUGAUGCCAAGCGUGUAGAGAAUCUGGUUAGAGGAAUAUUUGCAGGGAACAUAUUUUAUCUUGGUUCUGCACAGAAUAUCAAUCACUGGAGACUUAUGAACUAG